AUGGUAAUUGUUUUACCGAUUUGUGCGGCGGUUGACGUCGAGGUCCGCAACAUAGUUGGCAACGCUAUAAAGCGCGUGGAAAUACUAGGCUGUACUGCUGAGCCCUGUACCCUUACCUUGGGCAAACCAAUCAACGUAUCUAUCACAUUUCAGGCCGACUUUGAAGUACCCGAAGAUUCCCCUACCAUUGAAACAUUCAUAAACUUAUGGACCGAUUAUUAUCGAUACGAUCCACAGUAUGCGGUCACCAAUUAUGAUGAAAAAAGGGAUGUCGUCCUAAAGAGCACAUACACUGUAGUGAAAACCAUUUGGAUUUGUACCGACAAAGUCUAUUACGAAUAUAACGAUCCUGAUCAAUCUGCUCCUAACUAUGGCACACCCCUUGGCAUUCGUGAUGUUGUAUUUCAGCUUACCGAUCACGGUUGGUACUACAAAAAUAAGAACAGAUAA